AUGGCAACGGAUACAACGGUAAUGGUCUCCGCACAAAUGGAAAUGGCAACGGAAGAAGCGCUUUCAACGGAAACGGAUACAAUGGAAAAUGGAAAUGCAACUUUCAACGGAAACGGAUACAAUGGCAAUGGUUUCCGCACAAAUGGAAAUGGAAGGAAUGGAAACGGAUACAAUGGCAAUGGUUUUAAUGGUAACGGAAACGGCAAUGGGAGAAGCGCCUUCAACGGCAAUGGCAACGGAUACAACGGCAAUGGCUUCAAUGGCAAUGGGAACGGCAACGGAGUCCCUGCCGCCCCUUCUGCCUCCUACGGCGCUCCUUUCUAA